AUGCCAACUGGAUCUUGUACUUGUCAAGCUAUCAAGUAUGAAUACACAGGCGAGCCUAUGAAGAAGGCAGUGUGCCACUGCCUGACCUGCCGCAAAUACAGCAGUGGAAGCACAGUGAACCUUCUCGUCCCCAAAGACCACUUCAGCAUCACUUCUGGUACGCCGAAAGAAUGGCACAUUGUCCACCAGACCGGCAUGCACAUGACCACUCGCUUCUGUGGUGACUGCGGGUGUCUGCUGUACAAGACCGCAGAUCGGGCUGAGUUUCAAGACGGAGUCGUUGUGCUCGCAGGGACACUAGAUGAUCCCCGGGGACUGGAUGCUGCCAAACCCGACGCGGAGUUCUUUAUUGGGGAUCGGGCUGCCUGGUUGCCGGUGAUUGGCGAUGCGGAACAGUGCCAGGGAUUUGAGUGA